GCCGUGAUACACUCCACUUAAGCACAAAUAGCACCAAACCAAAAUAGCCAUGCAGGCCACACAGUGCUUCAACUUGUGCUCCCAAAGUCAUGCAUGGAACCCGCGUGGCCAAAUUCCGACCCUCCACCGCCUCAGGCCACGAGCCGCCGCCUCGGUCGUCAGAUUCCCACCACCAAUCUCUGCCGUGGCAACACCUCUGAGGCACCAAAAGACCCACUCAAUGCCACCUGAAAAGGCGGAAGUGUUCAAGUCGCUGGAGGGCUGGGCCUCCCAGCGUGUCCUGCCACUCCUGAAGCCCGUGGAACAAUGCUGGCAACCCCACAGCAUGCUCCCUGACCCCACACUCCCAUCCGAUGAUUUCUUCGAUCAGGUGCGGGCCCUACGCGAUCGGACGGCCGAGCUGCCCGACGACUACUUUGUGGUGCUGGUGGGUGAUAUGAUCACGGAGGACGCGCUGCCCACGUACCAGACCAUGAUCAACACGCUUGAUGGUGUCAGGGAUGAGACCGGGGCCAGCACCAGCCCGUGGGCUGUGUGGACUCGGGCCUGGACCGCUGAGGAGAACAGGCACGGGGAUUUGCUUAGGACGUAUUUGUACCUCUCGGGUCGGGUUGAUAUGCUACUGAUUGAGAGGACCGUGCAGUAUUUGAUUGGAGCGGGCAUGGAUCCAAGGACGGAAAACAACCCGUACUUGGGCUACGUGUACACGUCGUUCCAGGAGCGAGCCACGUUCGUUUCGCACGGCAACACGGCUCGGCUGGCGAAGGAGGGCGGUGAUCCCGUGCUGGCGCGCAUAUGCGGCACCAUUGCAUCGGACGAGAAGCGCCACGAGAACGCCUACGCCAUGAUAGUCGAGAAGCUACUGGAGGUGGACCCCACGGGGGCGAUGCUGGCCAUCGCGGACAUGAUGCGCAAGAAGAUCACCAUGCCGGCCCACCUGAUGUUCGACGGGCAGGACCCACGCCUCUUCGAGCACUUCUCGGCAGUGGCCCAGCGCCUGGGCGUGUAUACUGCGGACGACUAUUCUGAUAUUUUGGAGUUUCUGGUCGGACGGUGGGGAUUGCAGAAGCUGGAGGGGUUGUCCGGCGAGGGAAAACGCGCGCAGGACUUUGUGUGCGGGUUAGCGCCGAGGAUUAGGCGGCUGCAGGAGCGUGCCGAUGAGGUGGCAAGGAAGAUGGAGCCGCGUGGCGUCAAGUUUAGCUGGAUUUUCAAUAGGGAGGUCAAAUUGUAAAUUUUUUUUUUUUGAAAAAAAAAAAAAAAAGAAGAAGAAGUUGAAAGUUUGUGCACGUUGUCAUUUAUUAUUAGUUAGUGAAAUUAAAUUUUCUCCAAAAGGUGUGUUCUUCACCUUUUUUUUUUUCGACAACAAAACAUUCUUAUAUAAAUGAGAGCCAAAGGGUGGCUGAGCUAGAAUUUUAGUUUGGGUA